AUGGAUGCAAGUUCGUACAGUGAUUCGCAAGAUGAGCUCAGAGAGCGACCCGGAGGUUAUGCGGAGCCAUUGGAUGCAAGCGUCGAAGGAGGAAACGUUGAUCACCCUGAACUAACAGGAGAAAGUGAGAGGAGGAGAUAUGGACUGUUUAGAAGCAAAGAGGAUCUGGAAGAAUUGAAGCAAAAUCUUCACUACUUAAGCGUUGACGGGAAAACGCUAUCUGCGUUGACGGGAAAACGCUAUCUAGGUCUCAGAUCACGACGUUGGCGAAACUUCCGUGGUUGUCGUACUAUAGAAAUCUCCACCAAGCCUUACGCCGAUUUCCUCCGCUGCAACCUUUGCAACAGGGAAACUGUUAUACAGGAAUAUGACCCGGACCCAGAUCAUGCUAAAUGUGAGCAAUCUAUACGCAGGAACGACGAAGUAUGGGGGACGGGUUCUUCAUCGAAAAAGAGCAUCAAUGUUUCUCUGAACAGAAGGGCUCAUCAGAGUACGUCGGAGCACGAAGCAAACUUCCAAGAAUACAUCGCAACGGCGAAAGCGCUAGAAACUCGCGUGCCGCAGGUCGUGGAAGGUACUGUCUCAUCUACUCUUGCCGCUUACACUAUUGCAAAAGAAGGGCUAUCUUUCAAGAAGCAAUUUUCCCUUAUGCUUAUGGGAUUACGCGCAGGAGCAGCACCAGCCACAGCACACUUUGAUUCCUUGUCAGCACGGAGUAUGGUGAAAACCUUUGCACGCCACAUGAAGUACGAGAUGCUAAAGUACUUGAUGGACAACAAUAUGCCAUUCUCCUUACUUGCUGAUGGCACUUCCAAUGAAGGAAUCAAAUGGAUCAAUUUUCUCAUUCGAACAAUCUCUCCGCAAAAUCGACCCAUCACAUUCCAUUUUGCGUUGGUACGAGUAGAAAGUGAGAGGGCGGACGAUAUCGCCGACGCGCUUACUAGUUAUUUGGAGGAUCUUGAAUCAUGGAAGACUAGUCCCGGCUUGAAUGAUACUCCCUAUGCUUUUUUCAUGAAACGAAUGGUAGCACUUUCCUCUGACGGCGCCUCUGUAAUGACAGGAGCUUCCGGUGGAGUUCAUAGAAAGCUGCAAGGUCUUAUCAUUCAAGAGACACAGAGGAGCGGAAGCGGUCGAGUAAACUUCCUCCUCUCCGUAUGUGCAGCACACAAACUAGAUUUGGCGGUGAAGGGGCAGAAAGGAAGCGUUUUCAAAUUCACACAGGUCCUUGUAUCGGAAUUGCACUCUCUGUUCACCUCGGCACGCGGUCGCGCCGCUUAUUUUGCAGCGGCAAAGGAUAUGGGGUUUCCCCUUCUGAAAAUGGACGCCUUGCACAGGCUAGCCUGCAGAACUCUAUUUCGAAGCUGCUCCGCGUUUACCCAAUUAGCUAAGGACAGCUCCGCUUCUCCAAUCACGAAAGAACGAGCUACAGACGCAGAAUUUAUCUUGAACGAUGGUCGAAUAUUCAUCACCCUACAUCACGUCAAUGCAACACUUUCGUAUCUCGCUAGACUGUCCGAAGCUCUGCAGGACGAAGAGGCUCUUAUGGUAGAUUACCUAUCACGCUGGCGACACCUGGAUUCCCUUCUUGAACAUGAAGCAUUGAAAGACGACGUCUAUGAUUACCUCGCCCAUUGUGGGUUCCUCUACAUGUGGGAUCAUGAACGACACAAGUUUGUGGACGCUGAUCUCAAUUUCCUCAAGAAUUAUUAUACACCUUAUUCCACACCACAUAGUACUGCGGUAGAUGGACCUUCAGAGAACUUCCUCGCCUACAAUCCUUCCAUGUUCUCAGAUUUCAGCUUGAAAGGAAGUGGACAAAAUGGAAGAGCUCCACCGAAUGAACACAGCCCACUUGAGAAGGAUACAGCUAUAAAAUGCUUUCUCGUUAUUCCUGCGAGCAACGCAGAUCCGGAGCGUAGUUUUUCUACCGCCAACAGGCUCUCCAGAGGCGAACGCAGCAACCUGAAAACCGAGACCUUGGACGAUCUCAUGGUAUGA